AUGCCUCCACGCGGUCGCAAACGCGCCGCAGAGGCCGAACCCGAACCGCCGUCCGAGAGACCGUCCCCUUCUUCCUUCGAGGACUUUGAGCCGCCGCCGCCCUUCUUCAACACCACAUUCUCUACCCAUCGCGCAUCACCCCUCUACAUCGGCGCCAACGCCCUCACUUUUCCCCGCUUACAGACGCUUUCGCAACGCCUACGCGACACUCUCGUGGGAGACGUCGUGAGAGGCGUGCAGGUGGGCUUGGAAGGCAGCGAUAGCUCGCUUGGACGCGCCGGGCCCUUGGAGAAGGUCGGCAUUCGCUGGGUCGGGUUUGAUGCGUUACUCGGUGGCGCAGACGACGCAGAUGCCGACUUGAGUCAAGACCUGAGCAGAGGUACGGUUGGCAGCGAGAUGGGGCGCAAGAAGAGGGGCCUGGUUUUUGAGAUCAAAUACGAGAACGUGCUGUGUACGGCUGUGCUGCUGCCGGCAUUCUCCGACAAGGCACGGGAUGCGCAGCAUGACGGACUCCAGCCAGCCAACAGGCUCGAGAUACCCGGGUUGCUUGCUGGCGGCAGUUCGGAAGAGGACAAACAGUUCCUGCACCUACCGCUGCUGCUCUUGCGCAUGCCAGCGCCGCUCAAGACCGUCAUUGUCGACUUUCUCUCAAGCACGUUCGAUUGUCGCAUCAGUUCUAUGCGCUUGGGCACGAGGAGUCUCACGGCUGCAUGGGAGAGGUGGAUUGAAGAUGCCGGGCUUCCCUCACGAGGCCCCUUGGCUAAAGAUAUGGUCAUGACUUUGGGCUUUUACGUGCCAUCUCCCGACAACACCGACGGUAACGACGAUCAACCUUUGGAAGGGCUUGGGAUCAAGUCCGUGGAUGUCAUCAUUCCGGCCGAGGAAUUACGACGGUUCACAAAAGAAGGCAAGCUACUCGCAAAUUCGGGCGCGAAGCCCGCAGCAGCUGCGAAGCAGAAAGCACUAAGUCAAGGCUACGAGGACGAUCAGAGAAUGAGGAAGCGGCUGGCUGGCGGCAAGGCUGACGAAGGAUGGGCAUGGAUCGACAACGGCGACAAGGGGAAGCAAGAACCGUUUCUGCGCGCCCUGAGUGCCUAUCUGGACAAGCACCUUGCUCUCAACCUCUUCCAUCCUGGGGUAAGAAUUACCAAGAUUGCUUGUGGUGGAUUCGUGCUCUCGGAGGGUCGAGUCAAGGUGUUUGCACCGCCAGGCGACGAUGACCAAGUAUACGAACCGGUCAAGAAUCUUGUCCGAGACCUCAUCACCAGCGCAGUGUCUUGA